GGCCGGCGGCACUGCCCGGCCGCGGGCGGCUCUCGGCGGGCAUGGGCGGGCACUGAAGGCGCGGCCCUGUCAGUCCGGCGUUGCUGCUGAAAUGCGGUGCCCCGCUCUGGCAUGAGCUCCCCCCGGCCUGGAGGAGCGAUCCCCGGGCACCGGCGCUGUCCCUGGCCGGAGACCGCUGUCGGGAAGAAGGAAGGGGCAAUCGCCGACUGUCGUCGCGGAGCCGCCGCUCUCAGCACUGCCGGGCUCGGGACGGUUUAGCACACUGGCAGCAUGGCUACAAGUGCUGUUCCCAGCGAAAACCUUCCCACAUACAAGCUGGUGGUGGUUGGAGAUGGUGGUGUGGGGAAGAGUGCUCUCACCAUUCAGUUUUUCCAGAAGAUUUUUGUGCCAGACUACGACCCAACUAUCGAAGACUCCUACCUGAAGCACACAGAAAUAGAUGGGCAAUGGGCAAUUCUUGAUGUUCUGGACACUGCAGGCCAAGAGGAGUUCAGUGCAAUGCGGGAGCAGUACAUGAGGACUGGGGAUGGCUUCCUCAUAGUCUACUCCGUGACGGACAAGGCCAGCUUUGAGCACGUGGACCGGUUCCACCAGCUGAUCCUCAGAGUCAAGGACAGAGAGUCCUUUCCAAUGAUUUUGGUGGCAAACAAAGUUGAUUUAAUGCAUUUACGGAAAAUUACAAGAGAACAGGGAAGAGAAAUGGCAACAAAACAUAACAUUCCCUAUAUAGAAACGAGUGCCAAGGACCCACCUCUAAAUGUUGACAAGGCCUUCCAUGAUCUUGUGAGGGUAAUCAGGCAACAGAUCCCAGAGAAAAGCCAGAAGAAGAAGAAAAAGACCAAGUGGCGAGGGGACAGAGCCACGGGCUCCCACAAACUCCAGUGUGUGAUUUUGUGACGGGACCACCUGAGAGUGCCUCGGAUGCCUCCCUCCUCACCCCUUGACCCAUCUCCAGCCCAGACAGGGGGCAGCAGCACAAUGUCCCUGCCACCCCCUCAAGCUCCCCACAAGCAGCUCAGGCUCAGAGGAGGUGGCUGGAGGGGGUCUGGACAAACGCCCCCCCUCCAGAGGGGUGUUGCACAUGGGAGCCAGCAUGGGAGCCACACAAAUGGGAGGCAGAAGGGAUCAGCAGGACCUUGACUCUCGAAAAUCCCCAGCACCUUCCAGGGGCCCCCACGAUGUUUAUUUAAAAAAAAAAAAAGGAGCAAAAGAAGAAAAAAGUCAAGAAAAAAAAAGUGUUGGUUUUAUCUGCAAACAUUUCUCCUUGUGACCCAUUUCUGAACAGCCAUGAAUAGCUCCCCUGUUUGGUACAAUCAUCUGUGUAUGUGUGGGGGAAGGGAAAGGCCUUUCUUUUUUUUUUUUUUUUUUUUUUUUUUGUCUUCUUCUUCUUUUUCGUUGUUUGCUCAGCGAGUGUUGGGUUGCAAAGAAACACGGCUGGGGUUAGAUUUUUUGCACUGAACUCUCUUUUGCGGCAGUGCCAAAACACAACUUCAUAUGAAAGUGCAUAGAUUUGGAGGAAGAAAAUUAAUUCCAGCUGCUCUGGGUGCUCCAGACAUUGUGUCAGACUCUGGAGGGCAGCCAGCUCACGGACCAUAAACUCCAGCGUAGGAAAGGAGGUUUGGGCUUGGGUGAUUUUUUUUUUUCUUACCCUUUGUCGAGAGGUUUUGUUUCUGUUUUGUGAUUUGGGGCAUGUCAAAAUUAAGGUGUUUUGUUAACCUGGAAAUAUUUAAAUUAAAGUAAUUUACAAUGGAAGGGUAUGCCAUCUUUAAGGGGCGGGGAGGUAGAGGAAGUAAAACCUGAAAUGAAUUUGUUAUCUUGGUGUUGAAUUUCUCCCUCGUAUAUGUGUGUAAAGUGUUGUGAUCUAAAUCCCUAUUUAUUAUUCCUUAACCUUUCCCUGCAAAGCGAUUCUUGGGUUGAUAAAUUGUUUUGCUUUUCCCAGGCUCAUCUCUCACAUGCACAAAAAUAUCUGUUUAUGAG